UUUUGCGAAAAAUCUGAAUUGUUUCAUUUCUCUUUUUGUGCGUGGAAAAUUAAUACUUCUCCGAAGAGCUUUGCUCGAUGAUCAUUAGUUUCACGGUUGCAGAUAGACUUUGCUGGUUGAAUAAAAUGUGUAUUUGUUCUUAUUGAUUGCUUCCAUCAUUGAUAAAUGUUGAAAGAAGCAUUGUUUAUGAAUUAGCAAAAAUGGGGUUUGAGAAAGAAGGCUCAAAAAGUGGUGGGACGGGUUACGUGGGUGGUUUCUUUCAGCUCUUCGACUGGAAAGCUAAAUCCAGGAAAAAAUUGUUCUCAAACAAGUCAGAUUUACCAGAACUUUCGAAACAAGGAAAGAAAAGCGUCGGUACCUUGCCAACGACACGGCUGUCAUUGAUAGAUGAGGAUGAAACUUGUGCAGGAACAAGUUUUAAAGGCGGUAGUGAUUACAGCUGUGCUUCAUCGGUUACAGAUGAAGAAGCCUGUGGAAUUAGGCCUCAUAGUGUAGUAGCCAGGCUCAUGGGAUUAGACUCCUUACCUACUUCCAAUUUUCAGGAGCAGCCCUACUCCACCCAAUAUUUCGAUACGCGAUCUUUGCAGGACGCUCAUUACCGCAGGAAAAACUUCGAGUAUUACCAUGAUCAUCAGAUCAUGCAUAGUGGGAACAUGCUUAGAAAGACGGAAGGCCAAAGUUCUAGAAGCUUUGUCGAGCCGAACCCCAAGAGGACACCAAGCAGGCCAAUUGAGAAGUUCCAAACUGAAGUCUUGCCUCCUAGAUCGGCUAAGUCAAUUCCUAUAACACACCAUAAACUUUUGUCUCCCAUCAAGAGUCCCGGCUUUAUUCCAAGUAACGAUGCUCUUCACAUAAUGGAAGCUGCAGCGAAAAUUAUUGAGCCUGGACCUCAACCUACUGCCAAAGCCAAGCUGCCUUCAGUAGGGUCGUCUUCGAUACCCUUGAAGGUCCAGGCUCUUAAAGAAAAAGUGGAGGCUACACAAAGAGCGCAUUUAGUUGGUUCUUCUUCUGCAUCCUUGAAAGAGCAAGACCUAAAAGAGAAGGUGGGAGCAGCUCACAGAACAUCCAGGCUUGCUGCAGCUUCUCAAAGGCCAGUUGAGUCAAAUGCAGCCAAGUAUCUUAAGGGACAAUCUAUGAACAAGAGCUGGAAUGGAUCUGUUGAUACAUCUUUUCGGGUAUCUCCUGAUAAAGAAGAAGGCUCUUCUUCUGGUUUAAAGAACAAAGGAAAGUCCAUUUCACUUGCCAUUCAAGCAAAGGUUAAUGUUCAGAGAAGAGAAGGUCUGAAUUUAAGUAGCUCUAGGACCGACGUGACUGAAAAACAACAGAGUGAGGUCAAGUCAAGUCCAAUCUUCAGGAGUCAGCAGAGUACUCAAAAGAAUUUGACUAAGAAGCAAAGUCCUUCUGGGGUUCUUAGGCAAAACAAUCAGAAGCAGAAUAGCCUAAUUGACAAAGAGAAUUCGCUUUCAAAGCCAUUGGUUUCCAACUCACAGGGAGGUCGAAAACUAGUUUCGCGGGAUUCUUCUGGGCGUCAAAGAGUCUCUAAUAGAGAUGGUGGGAACUCGAAAAUCGGAUCCAGGAAGUCAGGCUUGACAGUGGAUGCUGAAAAGGAAGCUCCCUAUUCUAGUGCUGGGAAUGGCCCUAGAAAGAAACGAUCAAUAGAUGGCGAUCGUCACUUCAACAAGAAUCAGGUUGAUGAUAAAACUUUAAAUGCCAAAAGUCAGAAGCCAGUACAAUCUAAUCCUGUUACUGAUGGAUUCUACAAUUGGACCGAAGACGGCAGAAGGAAGGGCACGGAGGUUGUUUCUUUCACAUUCACGGCCCCACUUACUAGAUCACUUCCCGGUUCUGAGAGCUCUGGUAAAAGGAUGUUGUUUGACUCGGAGAGUAUGAAGUUAUCUUCAAUGGGAUACAAUGUCAUUGGUAGUGAUUCUUUCAGUAUGCUUUUGGAAGAAAAGUUAAGAGAAUUAACUUUCGGACUAGAGUUGUCUAGCCUUGGUUCUGCAAAAGGAGUGUCAGCUUCUAGUUCAUCAUCGAAGUCGAGUUUAGAAAAUGUUAUGCCUACUCUUGAUGCAGUUAGUGCCACACCAAGGGUCAAUGAGCAAAGAGACCAACAUCUGUUGUUUAACAAAGACAAAUUUGAUGGCCAAUAUGAUUUUGAAUUUUCCACCAUUGGUCCUCCAUCCAGAUUCAAACAAAAGUUUCAGGGAAUUAGUGAGAUGGACGAGAGUAGCACUAGUCAAUUUGAAGGUGGAAAGUUGCGCAAUUGCCGGCAUCCUAGUCCAGUCUCUAUUUUGGAACAUUCAUUUUCAAAUGAAAGUUGUGACUCUUCACUUACCACAGAGAGUAAUAUUAGCACAGGAGGAAGCAGGUUGUCUUCAUCUGUUCAAGCUCAGGAAGUCGAGACCGUGAAGUUUUCAAAAAAGUUUAAUCUGAUGGAUGAGUUAUCGGAUUCAGCCUCUUCAACGUCUACUGUUACUACUUCUACUAUGGCCAGAAAGCAUGCGAGGACUGAUCUUUCCAAAACAACUGAAUGGGAACUAGAAUAUGUGAAGGAGGUAUUAUUUAACGUGGAGUUAAUGUUCAAGGAUUUUGCAUUAGGCCGUUCCCGAGAUAUCAUAAACCCUCACCUCUUCAAUCUUAUGGAGAGUAGAAGAGGAUCAUUGAAAAGCUAUUAUGAUGUUGAGACUCGGCUGAGAAGGAAGGUGUUGUUCGACAGCGUGAGCGAGUGCUUGGACUUGAGAUACCGUCGUUGCGCGAGUGGUGGGUACGGGAUGUGGGCGAAAGGAGUGGCAAUGAUGAGAAGGAAGGAGUGGUUAGCUGAAGAAGUUUACAAGGAAAUCUCAGGGUGGGAGAGCAUGGGAGAUUCAAUGGUGGAUGAGCUUGUGGACAAGGAUAUGAGCAACCAAUAUGGGAAGUGGCUGGAUUUUGAAGUUGAGGCAUUUGAACUUGGUGCAGAGAUUGAGGCUCAAAUAUGUGAUUCAUUUAUAGAUGAAAUUGUUGCUGAUUUGGUACUUUUUUAGAAUUGCCUUUGAUUUGAUUAUUCUUAUUCUUUUCUGCUCCCCACCACAAGUGUAAGUUUCCACAAUAUUUGUUUCUUUUCUCUCCCGGAUCUUGUAAUUUUUGGAUUCUUGAUUUGUAAUCCUGAGUUC